AUGACUAGCGCUCACUUGGAUUUGCUUGAGCAAAGCCCCAAAAAGCAGCUCAAGCGCUCCCAAUUAGCACGUUUCAGCCCGAGGCUUGCUCUUUUAAGCAGCAUUCCGUUUGUCAUUCGCUUCGAAGAUCGUGUGGCUAUUUUCCGAGAAUUUGUCGAAGCAGAUCGCCAAAGGAGGCCUCAUGCAUCGCUUUUUCCUCUUCACCCUAUUGGUCAAGCGCGAAUCCGUCGUGGCCAUGUGUUUGAGGAUGGCUUUGACCAACUCAAUGACCUUGGCUCACGGCUCAAGGACCGAAUUUCAAUCAGUUUUAUUGAUCAGUUCGGGGUACCUGAAGCUGGUAUUGAUGGUGGCGGCGUUUUUAAAGAGUUUCUGACAUCGCUUGUGCAUGAAGCAUUUGACACAAAUUAUGGCUUGUUUAUGAGCACAUCAGACCAGCUACUAUACCCUAAUCCACACCGGUUCGCGCAGGAAAGGACUCAACUGAAACACUACGAAUUCUUAGGCCGAAUCCUGGGCAAGGCUCUAUACGAAGGGAUUUUAGUUGAUGCUGCCUUUGCAGGUUUCUUUUUGGCUAAAUGCCUGGGCCAAGUCAAUUAUUUGGAUGAUUUACCAUCAUUAGAUCCAGAGCUUUAUCGAGGUUUAAUGUUCCUAAAGAAUUACGAUGGAAAUGUUGAGGAUCUAUCACUUUAUUUCACUGUCGAUGAUGAAGAAAUGGGUCGGACAAUAACGCGUGAUUUGAUUGAAAACGGCAGCAACACGCUAGUCACCCGUGAGAACAGAAUCCGUUACAUCUAUCUUACAGCACACUACCGACUCAAUACGCAGAUUGACCGUCAAUGCAGGGCUUUCUUUCAUGGCCUCUCAGACCUCGUCGAUCCGAAAUGGUUGUGGAUGUUCAAUCAGCAAGAGCUUCAGGUCAUGUUAGGAGGAGUGCAAACUCCGAUCUCUCUGACAGAUUUGGAACAGAACGUGGUAUACUCUAAUUUUGAGCGGACAGACCCUACAAUCGAGUAUUUCUGGUCAGUAGUUUGGGAGAUGAGCGAGGAGGAUCGGCGGCUGCUUGUCAAGUUUGUAACAUCCUGCGCACGGCCGCCUCUUCUAGGGUUUGCAGAGUUGAACCCGAAGUUGUGUAUCCGAAAUGCAGGGAAUGAGGAAGACAGACUGCCAACAAGUAGUACAUGCAUGAAUCUGCUGAAACUACCAGCAUUCACCACUCGGCAACGUCUGAAAGAGAAGCUGCUGUACGCUAUUCACUCAGAGGCAGGGUUUGAUCUGUCAUAG